AUGACGAGUGCAAGCACUCACACGGAGCCUUUGGUUCACGUCUCCUACUUAGGAGGAUACAUCUUUUUAUCCUAUGUGAUCAGUUCAAUGGGAUGUGCGACAACAUUGGAACUUCUCCACCGGAGAACCUCCAGAUUGGGCUUUUACAAUUGGUAUCUCCUGCUCACCUCAUCCAUUACUAUGGGCGGCAUAGGAAUCUGGUGUAUGCACUUCAUCGGAAACCGCGCCAUCGUCCUCGGCAACGGCGAAGCCCAUCUCCAAAUUCUGUACAACGUCGCCUUCACUGGAACGUCGUUCGUACUCCCCGUCGUUGUGCUCCUCGCCGCAUUCUAUUCCGUCGGCGUUGAAGAAAAAGCAGGCUAUCUUCGCAUUAUGAUAGGUGGAUUACUUACUGGGAGCUCCGUCUGUGGUAUGCAUUACGUGGGACAACUGGGAAUCGCGAACUACAAGUGUUCGUAUCGUGUUGCCAAUGUGGUUGGAUCUGCCGUCAUCGCGAUCUUUUCGAGUACAGCAGCACUGGGCAUCUUCUUCCGGUGGAGAGCUACAUGGACGGAUAGUUGGUGGAGGCGUGGGAUUUGCGCUUGCUUUCUUGCAGGUGCUGUAUCAGGCAUGCAUUGGACAGCUGCGGUUGGAACGCGUUAUCGAGACCGAGACGAGUCUCAGCAUAAAACGGCCCAUGUUUCAAGAAGUCAAGUUGUUAUCAUCUGCUCAGUUUUGGCGUGCGUCUCUUGUAUCAUCCUCUCGUGCUGCGCGAUUGUCGCGGGUGGGAAUCGGAGACGGUCAACGACUCGUGCUCACCAGCUUAUCCUCGCCUGCGCUUACUUUGAUCCCGCUGGGCGCGUGAUGGUUACGCCGCAGGCUCUGCUACCCACCAGGAAGAUUGUUGACCACUACAUUGGACGGACGUUUCAAGAUGAUGAUCUUACCCGCACCCAUCCCACGUUCUUGUGGGCUUUUAGGGCAAGUCGCAAUUGGCCUGUCAUCAAGGACUUGAUUCCCUUUAUGCGAAACCGCCUCGAAUCCGAACAAGCCGCCAUUCAGAAGCAUGUAUUAUCGCGCGGAGUGGUGAUGAACAAGGAGACAGAAUUGCAGACCGAUUUUGAUACAUUAUUCAAGCAGCUGUUCUGCGUAUCAGCCCAGGAGCUGUCGAACGAUCUCCGAAUCCCUCUCAACGAACUCGGAACCCUAUAUGAUGACGUGGUGUCAACUGCUAUCCCAGUUUCUCGAAUUUCCCGCGCAAUGGGUCGCUCAUCCCUGCGCACUGGAAAGGGUCAACUGAUGUUCAGUGUGCGACAGCUGCAGAAGCACGAGGCGAAUCGCUUAGCUUCAUUCGGAUUCCGAUUUGCUACCAUCGAACAUAUCACAUCAACUCUCUCACGCCGCAUUCACGUCCCCGAGGCUAUUCUUAGAGAUCAUCUCCGGGAUAUGCGUGACUAUGCUACAACAAGCCGCUCUUUCUCCGAGGGCGUACACUUGACCGCAUUCGUAAUGCGCCCUACAGUCAGCGACCAUUUCGAGAUUCUCACCACCAAGGGAACCGGCAAUCCCCUCCCAUCCUUCACCCUCCCCAUGCUCCGUUUACAAAUCUCGCAUCUCGACCUAAUCUCUCACAUGGAAGGCUGGUCCAUGAAUACCUGCCUGAAAUACCUCGAAUCCGACGGUUCCAUCCAAAAAGAUCGCAGCAUCGAAGAAUUCCGCCAUCAAUUAGCGCAGGGUAUAUCCUCACUAUCUAAAUCCUUCCCCGAAGACAUGCGCGCAGCAGCUACAUUCUCCGCUCGUCCUCUCCUCGCCCCAUGCAGAACGGGAUCUCGUCCUUCCCACGAAUCCCAAUCACCAAUUACAGAAUCUCAUGUUCCCCAAUGUACAAUCCUCACCUUCUGCGUCGUCGGCACUCUCGAUACCCAAGUCCCCAAUCCAGAUUUCACAUUUACUCCCUUCCGCAUCUUCCGCGUUCAACAACAAGUGAACGAUAACAUCGCCGAUAGAGAUGGCUUCACCCGCGAACUGAGCCAAGAACUCUUCUGCACAGAUGUCCGAAGCGGCUCAACAGCCUCUGAAUCAGAUCUAAUAUCAUCAACCCGCUCAGCUAUCCUUCGAAUGUGGCCCUCACGAAAAACUCGUCCUCCAUCUCCACAGUCGGGUCAUUCUCAAGAGAGUUUCUUCGAUCCGGGGAUGGUGGUAGCGUUGGGUGAUAUUACAGUUCAAAAGGAGGUGCGCGUGGAUGUUACGCGGUUGAAUGAUAAUGCAGCGAAGAAUCCUAUGGUUGCUCAUGAUGCUGUUGUUGCGGGUGGAGAUAAUGCUUUAGCGCCGACGACUUAUGUGGAUGAAUUAUAUAGUCUUUGUUAUGCGCCUGGUAUUCGAUUAAGGCCUGAUUCCUCGUUUCAUGCGAGGAUGUCGUCUUUUAAGUCUGAGAAGUCAUGA